GGAACGGAUGUUUUACUACGUGAUCAACGUUGCAAACGUUAACCGCAUCUCCUGAGCCUGAGCUUCUGAGCACUACUCCGAGUCAUCCAGCGCGAAACGUGAAAUGCCCCCGUAUUCCGCUCCUAAGCCGUCUGAGGCGGCUCUCAACGCGUCGUAUAGACAGGGAUACACACGACUCUGCCCCGUUGAUGUUCCUCGCCUCGUAGAUGUGGCGCGUGCCGCCCUUCGACUACACCCAUCCACCAUACCCGUGACUGGUCUCCGUAUACUUGGUGCUGGUGUUUUCAACAAGGUUUUCUUCAUGCAAUUCGGCUCUAUUGCUGUAAUUGCCCGAGUCCCAUUCAACACACCGGCCCGGGCAGCGCGCGACCCAGUCCGGCUCAUAUCCCAGAUCGCUACGUUGGACUUCCUCAGCAUCCACAUACCGACUGUCCCUGUACCGAAAGUCCUCGCUGCUUCACCCGAUAGCCAGAAUCCGCCAUGCGCGCCGUAUGUCAUAGCGGAGUUUUGCAAAGGGACACCCUUGACGAUUCAAGAGUGGUAUACGGACAUGUCGGUGACGAGCCGUGGCAGAGCCAUCGACCUGCUUGCCGAAAUGUGGGUCAAAAUUACUGCUCCAGUACCUUUCAAGACCAUCGGCAGCAUCAUGCGCGGUAUGUCGAGAAAGGAUGGCGCGGGGGAUUCGCCUGUUUUUCGCAUCAUGCCCAUGAUUCCGCAAUACCCCCAGGAAUGGACUGCACUGCUCGAUCCAUCGACGGAGACACGUCCUGGUCCCAGGAGCAUUGCUAAUCACUGGGCCGCGCGGAUGAAAGAACAAUGCGACGAUAUAAUGGCGACAUUCCCAGAUCAAGACCAUUCUGUCCUCAUAGUGGACGGGUGUGCCAGAGGCUCUCAACAUACGUUGGGGAAACUCUGGCAAUGCGUACGAGCCAUGCAGGAGCUCACCGACAUAGCUGUUUUUCUGGACCCCCUGGCUCAUGCGCCCGCGAUGGCACUCAUGCACGCGGACUAUUCGUGCUGGAGGAAUAUACUCUUCUCAGCAGACCGCACGCGCAUAGAAGGCGUCGUUGACUGGGACGAUGCUAUCGUCAUUCCGCGCGAUCUCGCAGCUCUAUACCCCGAAGAGCUGACGCAUGAGGCUGGCAGCUGGCGCGUUGAUCCGCCGGACGUAUUCGCCAUCCCACCGGGGACGCUGUACGAGGAUGAGGGCCUAUGGGAGACGGCCAUCGAGGAGACGAAGCAGAGACGGAUGUUCAGAGAGGCUGUGGGAAGGCGGGACCCACAGCUGGCGGGACUUUACACGGAUCGCCGGGCAAGGCUGAGAAGAAGAGUGGACAUUCUUGUUCGUGAUGGAUGGUCUGCUUGGCUGGAGCAAGACAAAUGGGUGCUGGGACAGGGUCUCGAGGAGGCGCGUGCUUUGGCUAGAAGUGGAGGGUGAAUGGGAAGGUCUAUAAACGUAUCUCUUGCUCGACGAUUUGGUUCUGCUGAACCCUGUAUAUGAGUUUCUUGCCAUUACGCACUAGUGGUUCAAGAUAUGAUCGUUAUGAAGUUUUGAAUGUACUCUUCACUAGGCGGCGUUCUCUGCAAGCGUUGAUUUUCCUCUGUUGAACAGUCAUACGCCUGUUUUAUAACACGCUAC